CGCUCAGGAGAGGGUUGGCUAGAAGUGGUCACGUGGUCAUUUAGCGCCACAGCCAGUUGGUUGAAUUCUUUCCCGAUUUAGAACCAGCGGAUACAGCUCGAAAGUCGCGCGCUCUGAGCAGUUAAUGUAUGUUUUUUGUUUUUAAGAACUCGGUUCUUUUUGGGUUCUUUGAUCAAAUGGACUGCAUGGAUUUCCCCAAUUUUUUUCCCAAUUCCCCCAGGAAGGCCCAGGGACAAAUCCAGGUUAUAUUUGGACCGAUGUUCUCAGGCAAAAGCACUGAAUUGAUGCGAAGGGUGCGUCGUUUCCAGAUCGCCCAGUACUCCUGUUUGGUGAUCAAGUACGCCAAAGAUACACGCUACUCUGACAUAGGCAUGGCCACACAUGACAGGAGCACUAUGGAAGCGAUACCUGCGAACUGCCUACGAGAUGUGCGGUCACUGGCACUGGAAGCCUGUGUCAUUGGAAUUGAUGAAGGGCAGUUUUUUCCAGACACAGUGGAGUUUUGUGAGGAGAUGGCCAAUCUCGGCAAGACUGUUAUUGUCGCUGCCUUGGAUGGGACCUUCCAGAGAAAGCCCUUCGGAAACAUCCUGGGUCUUGUCCCUCUUGCCGAAAGCGUGGUGAAGCUUCACGCCGUCUGCAUGCAGUGUUAUAAAGAAGCGGCCUAUACAAAAAGGAUUGGAGCGGAGAAGGAGGUGGAAGUGAUUGGCGGAGCGGACAAAUAUCAAGCAGUUUGUCGAAAAUGUUACGGAUCUUUGAUAGCGUCCAAAGAAAACCGACCUCCCCUCAGGGAUGAAACGCCUCAACAUGCACCAAAUGGAAAACUUGCAGACUCUGGAAUUCCCAGGAAACUUUUCUCUUCGCUCCACCUGUGAACGCAGACAAACAAUUGAUCAAGUGUGUAGGCCCAGAAUUGAGCUGUUGUGUGUUUGUGUGUGCAAAGUAAAGUCACAUUGCGUUACACACAAUCCCAAUGUGACUAAUAAACUCCCACCCUCCUAAAUGCUGACA